GGCGCCCGUCUGAAGCUCGGCGGAGGAGGCGCGGCGGUCCCUUCCUGCUGCCGCCCGGCAUGGAGGCGGCCGGCCUGGAGUGGCUGCUGGGCCCGAUGCAGCAGCUGGUGUCGUGGGGCGCGGCGGGGGCCAUGGUGUUCGGCGGCGUGGUUCCCUACGUGCCCCAGUACCGCGACAUCAGACGGACGCAGAACGCCGAGGGCUUCUCCACCUACGUGUGCUUGGUGCUGCUGGUGGCGAACAUCCUGCGGAUACUGUUCUGGAUGGAAGAAGCACUGGGAAAACCAGAAGGAAGACUGGCCUAAGUGCCCCCCCAGUUUUGACACUGGCACGGAUGUGAAACGUGACUUUGCUAUGCCACGCUUCUCCAAAUGCAAUCCAACUGAACUGGAGCGAGCAGGGAGUUCCCUGCAAACCAGGCCUCUAAGCACUGCUAAGUACCGUAGCGAGUACCAUGGGCAGCUGAAAAGCUGCUGUCUCGCUCAGGCGCGUGUGGCAGGAGCAAGCAUACUCACAUUGGAAAGACAGUAACACGUCCGGAAGUUGUUUGGGAAGCUACGCAGUCAUUGCGUGAGAUGACCGAUUUGCUCAUUUCUGGCAUCUGCAAUCAGAACGGAGACAGACGAUGGGAGAUGGGGACAAUGGGAAUGGCUGGCAGCUCCAAUCUGUCUUAGCCCAACACAACGCAAGCUGCCAAAGGGAGGGGUUCGGGCCUCAGCAAGCCUUGCUGUGCCUGUGUCUCUGCUCCAUGCUCUGAGUUGGGACUGAGCAGUGACACUCACCGCUCCUCUGGUCUCUUGACAAAAAGCAAGGCCUUUUGAGGUUGCAUAUCCUGGCACAGAGCCGCGCCCCCUCGUGUAAGGGAAGAGCUCUACAGAGCCUGCUUUCCUGCAGACCACCAGGAGCCCAGGUGGCUGAAGAAGCAUGGCAGGCCAGGAGAAAGCAGUCCCCUAGUCCCCGGAAGGCAUUUCAGAAGAAUCAGAGGUAGUGCUGGGAAAAUGCAAAACCUACCCCAAGAAGAGCCUGCAACAUGCCAGCAGUCCCGUUGAGCUUCUCCAGGAAGUCCUCAUAGAAUUUCAUUUGGACCCGUUUUCCUUCAAUCAGCAGCAUGCCAACGUCUCUCCAAAUGAAAGCAACGUUCCGCCUCUUCUCUAUGCAGGCGCUGAAAAGGCACACGGUCCUUUCCACGCAAAGCUGCGCCGCGUCUGCAGAGAUGCCAUUUUCUGAGGCUAUCUGAGCAUACGGAAGUUGCUGAUACUGGUCAUGUCCUGGCGAAAGAAGAGGAGAGGAACGUGAGCACUUGGAGAGCCACUGAGUGGGCUACAAUCAAAAGUCAGCAGCUUCCAGCCCCACAGGCAAUACGCUACUCUUGAGAUUUUGAAGUGGCACCAUUGGUAUGUCUCUGAGGAGACGCUGAGACACGGAGCCAAUGAGACCGGAAUGAAACCCAUUGUUGAAGCAGGUGAAAGAGAGUGUGCUGUUACACUGUAUUACCAUCUAUAAUGACAGUCUGGCACCCUUUCCCCACUCUGGUGCCAGGGAAGCACCUCUGUCAGACUUCACUCUUCCUACCUGCAACAUCUAUGGAGUCAUACUGGAGGUCAUGGUCCUGCGCAAGAGCCUUUGCCAGGUGAAACAGGGGUCUCUCAACAGUAACCAGACCCUUCUGGCUGACUACGCGCUCUCUGACAACCAUGAAAGUCCCCAGUCCAGGAAUGUGCACAGCCUGAAAGAGAAGAAAGGGUGGAUCAGAAGAAGUUUUGCAGGGGAUGUCAGAAGACUAUUUCCCUCUCACCCCUCCUGCCUGUGAAGAACCAGAGAGUGCAGUCUUUUGGCUCAUAAAGAGACAAACGGGGUUCCCAAGCUGGCAGUCACCCCUAGGCAAUCCACUUUAGUCAUUCAACUCUGCCAGCAGAGGACUCAGGCAGGCCCAGAAAAUGUCCAGCCCUUCUUCCAUCAUUAGGCCUGGACCUCCUGGCAUGUCAGAACUGACAGAGGAGCUAGCCUGUGGCCCAUUUUGCAUUGCAGAGUCCUUCUGGGGCAUGAUUCCUGCUUCCACAGAGGGGAAGAAUAUCUGCGUUCCGUGGCAAAUGGGCUCUCGCGGCUAAAUCAACCGUGAGAGGGAGGAAAGGAGAGGGAGGCAAGUCCCACCUGGUAGAAAGCCAGCUGUUGACUGAGAUAAUAGGAUGCACUGGACCAAAACUUAGCGAGCUCUGGAAAACAAAAGAAGAGACAUGUCAUGCUCCCAGGAGGCCACCUCAAAACAGUUCAGCACCCUGAAUUCCUGCCAAAGGAGUGAUGCGUUUCUGAGACAAGCAGUUCAGUUCCACUGGCGGCUCCUGCUUGGAGAUCCCUGGGAAGGCAGGGGCCAGGUCGGGAACAGAACCCAGGAGUCACGCCUGCCCAAGCGCUCCUUCGGCCCCUUGGGUGCUAAGGUAGCUGCCUUCUUGCAGCAACCUGCCCUGCUCAGCCAUGCCCGCCUUCCUCCUUCAGGGCUUCCACACCUGUUUUCAGACAUGUCACUGGGCCCGACAGCACGUGUGAAAUUGGGCCUGAGGGCCUUACCAGAAUUUCUGAGCUUCUCAACAGUUGGAGGUGAGCGAGGUCCCGAGAAGAGGGAUUUUGCCAUCUUGCUUCCCCCCUUGCUGCAGGUCAACAACUGUAGCAGGUUUGGAAGGCGUUUUGAAUCUCCUCUUUUGUGGCAAAGCAUUAUCAUGAUCAUUACUAUGUUACUGAUGCUGAAACUGUGCACUGAAGUACGUGUGUCCAACGACCUAAACAUAAAACGCCGCUCUUUUUCAGCUGCAGAUAGUAAGGAUGAAGAAAUAAAAGCACCUCCCAAGAGAUCUUACCUGGAUUUUGACUUGAACUAUUUUUGGCAUUGGAGCAAGUUUACGGACUACGUGCAGUGUGUCCUGACCUUCACUGGUGUCACCGGUUACAUCACUUAUCUCUGGCUUGAUUCAUCUCUCUUUGUGGAAACCUUGGGCUUCCUUGCAGUUUUCACAGAGGCUAUGUUAGGCGUUCCUCAACUCUACCGUAACUACCAGAAUAGGUCCACAGAAGGAAUGAGUGUCAAGAUGGUGCUGAUGUGGACCAGUGGGGACACUUUCAAGACUGUUUACUUCAUCUUGAAUAAGGCCCCGUUACAGUUCUCCAUCUGUGGACUCCUGCAGGUUUUUGUGGACAUGGCUAUCCUGCUGCAGGUUUACUUGUACAGCUCCUACCCUCAGAAGCCCACAUCCCACACCACACACCCUGCCAGCACCAAGGCUCUGUGAGAUGUGCAGCAGAGUGGGCUGCAGGCCCGUGGCACUUGACAGUCAGCCAUGCACCUCCUCUUCCACUUCUAAGUACUCCUGCAUUGCUGAGUUGAAGCAGAAAUGAGAACAAGAAAAUCUGGCUGCGCUUCCAGCUCUGGAGGUUUUAUUUGAAAUAACUUGCUCUCUCUGUUCUCAGACUUUGCUGUACAGAACCGUUUCCUGGUGGGAGGGGGGCACUUUAUUUUUGCAUAUGUACCUAUGAGCCUUAUCAGUUCACAUAUGUUUGUAUUUAAUCACAAGGGCUAGAUGUUCUGUUUAUAAUGCUAUUUAAAAAAUGUUACACCACAGAAAUUAUAGGAUAUUUUGUCUGAAACCUUCACCUAUUUAUAUAAUAUAAAGUCUGUAUAUUGGUAGGAAGGUUGUGGCAUAUGUUAGCAUUCAGUAUCUCCACGAUGUAGGAAGAAGUGUUGAAGAGCAAAUGCAGGAGCUUUCUCUUUUUUUUUUUUUUCUUGAAGAAGGGCGUCUAGUAAGCAAAGAGGGGUAGAGAGAGAGGCCCUGCAAAGAGGUGAGCAGCUGAAAAAGCUGUCACAUACAGCGUCAGCCUGCAGAAGAGUGAGUGGUAGACACUGAUGCCUGCUCAGCGUGGCAGACACAUACAUCAGGGUGAGGAAUGGGGUCUGCAUAUGGGUGAUGCUGCACCACGUGUAAAGCAGGCACAGCCAGUCGAGUGGUCAGCCAUCAGGAGAUGUGAACAGGAGACUGCAGGAGGGGCUGUAACUCAUUUUUUGUGUUGAUGCAGCAAGAUUUGCUGACAGGCUGUGCCGUGCUCAGAGUGCAGCACUGUCACAAGCCCAGAGGCCAGUAGAUGUGCAUUGCCAGUAUUGGUUCUAGUUGGCAAAUGAGAGCCACCAAGCGUCUCCACUUUCAUUGCAUCAGAGCAGGCAGUGAAAAAGUCUGAAAGAGUCCUAUUCCUAUGGACUUCAGUGGAAUAGGACUUGUAUCCGACCACUUGAUUUGUGGAGGCCGAAAUUCGCGUUUGUGCUGCUCAAUGCCAAACAAGAACCAGUUUGUAUGUUCAGGUGUUUCUGGCAUUGACCCAGCAUAGAAGGGGUCCACAUUUUCCUUUUUCUGUUUCUUAAGAUCUUCCAAGCUCUGAGGGGAACCAACACUUAGAAAGAGGGAACGGGGAGGAGGGUUUAUUUAUAGAUGUAGUUGUUGCCUGUGCUGGCUGUUUGCCAACAUAGGUCACCAUGCCCUUCCUGAGCACUGCAUGUGUCUGGAAGCUGUGGGCGCUGCGUGACCCGCAGGGAACUGUGGCCAAGCCCCUGUGCUUCUGCCUCUUGCUGUAAGGAAACUGCUGCUGUUGGUGUGAGGCAGCUGCAGUGAGACCCCAGCCCAGCUGAGCUUUACCUUCCUCCCAGCGAGACCCCCUCUCUGCUGCUAGUGAGCCCUGGGUGAGUGCAGGCGUGGCAAGAGGGAGGGGCCAGAUUCUUCAAAAUAGUUUUGUUUUUUUCCCCCCAAGAUUAGCAUAAGAGCUUAUGUUUUCUUAUCAAUCGCACCAAGUCUGAGAUUUAAUACCUUCAGUAUAUAAAUCAGGUACUUUCCCUACACUGUUUUAUUUGAGACUCUCGUGACCUGAGUCUGGACUGUCUUCGGGGGUGGCAAGCCAUCCUCUGUGGGGCAGCAGCACCAGGCUGCAGCAGUAGCUGUGUGACACUGGGUUGGAAAUGCCCAUGGUGAGGCAGGGAACAGUGAGCCAACCCUGCAGGCAGUGCCGCUUGGCAGACCCGUGCCCCUCUCGCUCCCAGCAGCCCUGGCUGAUGUCAGGGCUCCUGAGGCAUGUGCCAUUUUGGCAUGGACACACUGCUGGCAGAGAGCGGAGGUCAUGCUUGGAGGCUGAGCCACCCUUCCUUCAGUGGGGCGCUGCUGGAUGGGGAAGGAAAGGGGCUCCCUUAGGAACCUGCUAUCCAAUAGGUCUGGCUGAGCAGAGCUGUUUCGAGGGCUGGGCCCAGCUGCUUUGCCUGGGUGCUGCCUCCACACUCCCUGCUUCACACCCUACUCUUUUAGGCCUGAAGUGACCUUACAAUGACAAUGUACCCUGGCAUGGCAGACUAUGAAUGUUUUGUUCCUCCUUUUUUCUCCAGUGUUCUGAUUGCAUUUAAAGAACAGCUUGGCUUUUGUCUUUUUUAAUCAAAAACAUAAUUAACAACUGGCAUCUCUGAUAUGCUGCUUUAAUGAGGAUUGUAUUUCUACUGUAUGCAAAUGAAUGCUUUCCUGUGUGUUUUAAUGGUCUGGGUUUGGGGUUUUUUUAAAAAAAAACUUGUAAUGAUAAAAUUUUUUUGUAUAUGGUAGUCUUUUUCUAAUCUAUGAAACGGGGAUAUCAGAAAUACAUUGGUGUUAAGAAAAAUGGUUCUGUAUGUGAUAGCUUCACUUGGGAGUGCACACUUUUGGCCACCUCUCUGAAUUUGAACUGUAAGCAUUACUGAUAAAAUAACUUGUUCUUUUCUUAUGGGACUCCUCCCUGGGCAGAUUCUUGAGUCUGUCAUCAGUACCCAGACCAGUCUCAUUCACAGCAGAGCUGCAAAUACUGGAAGAGAAGCCAGUGAAAACACAUCUAUCUUCUGUAUGUGGCAUUGAAUAAGGUAAGACUCUUGUCCAGGAACUCCUGAAUAUCACUUUGCAAGAUACUUCACAGAGAAAUUGUUACAGAACUUUGUUCUUUAUUUGCCAGGAAGUAUCUGUAUCAAUGAUCACCUCAGAGAUUAAGAAAUGAAUCACUUUAAAUGCAUCUCUUUGAAUUUCACGGAGUUUGUUUUCUCUGUCAGUUGCGAUGUUUUUUAAAAUAAAAGUUAUCUAUUACACAUAAA